AUGUCCACCAACGAACCUAUUCCUUCAUGUCAGAUCCCUUUAAGAGCAAAGGGGAACUCGCAAUGUUCCGUCCACAGAAACAAGGACGUUAUUUUACAUUGCUCGGAUUGCGAUAUAUUGGUAUGCAUUUCUUGCAGCAUCACAAUACAUAAUGGUCAUAAACUUGUUGAAAUGUCGGAUGUAAUACCGCUGAAAAGAGAUGUGCUGAGGGAUUUCAUUAAUGAUACGGAAAAUAACAAGCUGAUUGAAAUCCGUGAUGAAAUUCAAUCAAUUGAGGACAAACUCGUAGAAAAUGACACCAGAUUUGUGAAGCUGCGUCAAGAUAUGAUACAACAAUCAAAUAUUUGCAAAAAUAAGAUCGACGUCCUCACUGAUGAAUUUGAUUGUCUUUGUCAAAAGAUGGAAAAAGAGAAUAGAGAAUUGAUGCUGAAGUACAAACGUGAACUUAAGCAACGAUACAAAUUGCUUGUUAAACAAAUGAAAGAAUGCAAAGAACUGUUGCAAUCGGGGACGUCAGUCGAUUUGUUUGAUGCAACGACCGAGCUAAUAAGUGCUGGUCUGCCGCCUCCUGUUGAACCAGAGUUAAAUCAAAUAGACUUUCGCCCUUGCGAAGCUCCUACCAAACAUGUCAGAAAGGCGUUGGGCACACUACAUAAGCAACGGUCAGGAACCUCGGCUGAUGUGGUCAGGAAUGAAGCAGAUACACAAGACAAAUUUCUGGAGCAGCCUGCUGUACUUACAGAGUUCAAAAGUCCAAUAGAUUGCACGUCACUCUGCCCGACACCAUUCGGAACCUGGCUUAACGAAGCUGAAUCUAAGACACUAUUGCUUGUUGACUUUCAAGGUCAAAUCAUCGAGAAAAUGAAACAUUCAUGCGAGAUCACCGACAUCAGCAUUUCACCAAAAACAAAAAACGUGUGGUUCUGUUGUGCUGGAAAUAAAACCAUCCACGAAGUAACACCGUCGACCAACACACCGGACAAAAUGUUUGAAACAGAAAACUGUCCAACAUGUCUCUGCGUCACAAAGGAUGAGCAGGUCGUGGUCUGGACAAAAGAUCCCGACUUUUUACAUGAGAAUCUGUUCAUUUACUCAACGACGGGUAAAGUGGAGUUCUCGACUUGCCCUCCGGACCAGGAGAUAUGGUCUGUACGGAUGCCGUUCACCAUCAGACAGUGUUUAAUUACUGGUAACCUUGCCCUGCUAUGCAGAGGCAACACGACCGACGAAGAACCAUGUGGGAAAAUCACCGUCUAUAGCCAAGAUCUGAUAUUUCUUUUCGCCUACGGUGGAGAAAGCAGCGAGGGACCUUGUUUUGUUCCGUGGUCUGUUGUAUACGAUAGCAAGGGGAAUCUCGUUAUAGGAGAUGAGCAAGGGAACAAGAUCCACUUCGUAAGCGGGACAGGAACGUACUUGAGAACUAUCCGAUUUGACGUACAAACGGAUAAUUUGUCUCUGGGCAUUCAGUCGGACGAUAUUCUAUGGUUGUGUUUUUACUCCGACAAAUCAGAAAAACGUGGAAUAUUUAGGAAGGUUGUACGAAAGUUGUCUGAUUCUGUACCACAUGUACCGAAAACAGAGGUCAAAACAAUGAAAUACUACAAAUAG